AUGAGCUUCAUCGCCGACGAUGUGGAGAUAGACCCGGUCACCCUCAACCUCAUCAUCCUGAUCGCCAGCUAUGUCAUCCUCCUCCUCGUCUUCCUCAUCUCCUGCAUCCUCUAUGACUGCCAGGGCAAGGACCCCACCAAGGAGUACGCACCCGACCCCGUGCCCAACGUCAACCCCACUCCCAUCCGGCUGGUGGUCAUGCAGAGUUCGCCCGCCAACGCCAGGUGGGACCAGAACAAGAUGGUGACCACUUACGAACCUCCAGGCACCGAGAAAAAGAGUACUUUGGUCUGACAUGCUGGAAGAAGAAGGACUGAUAACAGCAGCUACAGCACACAUUAUCUUUUCUA